AUGUCAACCAACAACUUCUUGAGAGCUGCUCUUGGAUCUUUCUGCUGCUGUGUUACUCUCAUUGCCUUCUCUUGGGGGUACCAACAGGGUGCAACCACACCAGGGCAUGUUGUAAAGGAUCCCAACACUUGCCUCUAUGUUCCGGGAGCCGGGUUUUCUGGUUUCUUUUAUACCAUUGGACACCUGCAAGCGGCUCCAGAACUGACUGGUUCUGAUAAAACUGACUACUACUGCUAUUCUGCAGGAUGCCUUGCCACAACGGCUGCAUUGGCCAACAUCACAGUUUAUGAUGUGUACGAUACAGCAUUGGAAAUUCAGGGUCUAUGGAGGAGUGGGGGUAUUUCCCAGUUUCAGGUAGUGGAGGAGUUUGUUGACUAUCUGAUUACCACAGGUAGCCAGCGCACCUUGAACGCUGAAGCCGUGGCAAAGAUGCAUAUAAUUACUUCUACUCAUUCCAACGCAGACGCAUGGUUGCCCGAAACAUCUGUACGAACUCCAAAGAACUUUAUUGAGUUGAAGGAAAUGUUGCUGCAAUCUGCCUGGAUCCCAGGAAUGACUGGGGAUGAUUGGGCAUCCGAUGGCCAUGUGGAUGGGUCUUUCACCUCCACAAGUCAUCCUGUUUGCCCUAGUGCCGUGAAUCUCCCAAAGUUGUCAUUAACAUGGGAAAGCCUGGAGUUCUAUUCUAACAUCCUUUUUGGUUUGAACAUGAACAAAGAUCAGGGUGAACGAUUCUGGUCAGCAGGAGUGAAACGAGGUCUUGAGGUAGCCCAGCGCAAAGUCCUAGUACAACCAUAG